CUGUCAAUUGUAUUGCUGCAGUGUUGCUAUUAGAAAUGGUCUUGCAGUGUGGCAAUGGUUAACUUUUACUACCCAGUUGUCCUGACUGAUCACUGUCUCUAAGUCCUCAUGGAACAAUGUAGGUUUGAAAGUUACACUUGUUUUUGAAGUUCACAUAUGCAUGUGCGGCUACGCUCACUUAUGAUUCUCAAAGCAGCUGCAUUCUGCUUUGGCAUGUGAGCCAUCUAGCUUUAGUCACACACAUAGUGAGCAAGCACACCAUGUUCUCCACUUAAAUUCUUACAUAGAGCACAUGUGUUAGCCAAAACCCUCAGGGUGAGUCAUUGUUUGUCUUUUCUGCAAAUAUUAGUUGGAAUCAUUUAUAAACUAUCAGAUACUUUAAAUAAUGUCAUAGGAAGAGAUCAGUUUCCUUUCAUGUUUGCUAACAGAUCAGUAUCCAAAAGCCUCAUUAUGUCCUGUGAAGCACUUUUUUUUUUCAUAGGGGGAGGUCUCAUAUUACUGUUUCCAAGGGGGAAGUGUGAUGACUUUAAUUGGCAUCUCUAGUGAUUUUUCUUCAAUUUUGAUGAAAAUUUCUCAAAAUACUUGCCCAUUUUCCUGAAGGCUUCAGAAUAUUUUCAAGUUCUGCCUCACUGGGAAGUCAUUAAGCAGCAUUCUAAGAUCUAAGAGUGUUAAGAUAUCUGACAGUUAAGCCCCAUACUGACACAUCAAUAUCUGUGUAUAAAAUAGGAUUUUGUCAUCCAAGGCAGCUGAAGAUGUACAUGGAGACAAAGCAUCAUUCUCACAGAGAUCUGCUGGUUCCAUUUGACUUGAUAGAGAAGGAAUAGUAGCAGGCCAAGUCAGUUUUGGCAUUUGUUAAUUGUCUGCCCUGGGUGCAAUUGCUUAGUUUCAUAACAGGGAAAAUUAUAUUAUGUAAUUUAAGGAUAUAAAAUAUUCAUAAAUAAAUUGGAUUUUUAAAUUAUCCCAAUGCUGAUUUGCCCUGAAUUAUAAGGCCUAAAGAAGAAUACAGUCAAUAUCCAAAAUAAAAACCUAAUUGUAUUUUCCAAUAACCUUAACAUUUGAAUAUUAAAUCCUGUGAUAACAUAUACUUUGAGUUUCAAUUGGCUUUCCAAAAUAAUUCAGGAUUAAAGAACUAAUUAUUUCAUUACUAUUUUUCUUAGCAUGUUUUAAUAUUAUCUCCUUAAAUCUUCAUAACAACCUGGUAAACUAAUGAAGUAUGGUCUUAUUUUUUAGAAGGAGACUUGAGUCCAAGAGAAAUGAUUUGUGCAAGAUCAAAGAGCUAUUGUUUACAGAGAGAGGAUCUGAAUUCAGGACAUUUUUCUUUAUGUCAAGCUACUCUAGUUAAUGUAUUGAGCAGUAUUGUCCUUAAUGCAUAAUUAUUUCACCUUUCUUUUUUCUUCUUCAUUAUAAGCCUAUGAGUGCAGUGGCAUGCACCUUAACUGCAGAUACUUGGGAGCCUGGGGCAGGAGGAUCGCUUGAGCUCAGGAGUUCAAGACCAGCCUUCACACCACCAUGGUGAAACCUCAGCUCAAAAAUAAUACAAAACAAAAUGAAAACAUAAAACCAUAAAAAUAAUUGUAUGGUUAUUGGAUGUUUACAGAGCUCACAAAUUUGAAAUACAUGGGAUAAAAUUCUGUUGUUAGCUCUUAUGAUGUCUAAAAUUCUCUCAAGUUAAUAUAUUUGUUUAAUAUUUUUCAUUCAUUAUUAAAAUACUAAUUGCAUUACUUUUCUGUACAUGGCAACAGGAAAAUAAUGUUUGACUGUACAGAAGCAAAACGUAAGAUGAGGAAAAAUACCAAAGAAGAUAUUCUGAUAAACCUGGCCCUAGUGAUUCUAUGCUGGAUGAGGGCAGCAAUCAAUCUGAUGCCAAGAAUAUUGCAAGAGAAAAAGAAGAAUUAUGUGAAGAUUUUCAACAAUCCAGUAAAGAUGGAGCAAUAUCUGACACAGGAACACAAGAAAAUAAAACCUUGUUUGACAACAGUUGUACUGAGUGUCAAAAGGAAGACGAAGAUGAAAACAAUCUUGUACAAUUUUUCAGUAUAAAGACCUCUUUCUUUUCAGCAACUGACUCAAAGAGAGUCUCUGAGAUUUGCUCAGGAGAGAGCUUGGAUGGUUCCUCUGAGGAUACGAUUGAAAAGGAAGCACAUACUCUGGAAGCAGAACCACACUUAGAUGUGCCACCAGAGAAAGGUCAAAAAAGUCUUGAUGGUAAAGAGAAGAAAAAGGCAAAGGGUUGUUUUGGGAGGCUUCUGAAGAUGUUUCAUAUUCAUUCAUCUGAAAAUGAUGAUGAUGCAAAUCAAAGAGAAAAACACAAAGUAAAAGAACAUAUAGAAGUGUCUCAAGAGAAAUUUCCUAAGCCUACCACUACCAUGAAAGAUUCUUUUCCAAAUGAAGCAGGAGGGAUCAAGGCCAUAAGGACACUCAAACCUGAACCAUCUUUAAUAGUGAAAACAGAAGAAAAGAAAAGCGUGCUUGAUGACCCUGAAAAUAAGCAGCCAAAGGUGGAAAUAACAAGGAAGAAGUAUAAAAUUAAUCAGAUGGAAGUGUCACAAAUCCUGCAUCAUAGUGAGGAGGACACUGAUAACAAUGGUGAUGAAUUCAUUGAACAAAGAAAGAACAGAAAUGCUGAUCACCAAAGGUAUUUUCUUAAGAAAAAUGAAGAACAUGAUGGGCACACAGAGAAAACAUCUAAUGAAAAGAGCAAGGUCAAAAAAGAAAUAAAUGCUAUGGAAGACCUUGAUGAACCACAGCCAACUGUAAUAGCCUCAACAGCUUUUCAAGUGACGGGCCCUAAUUAUAAGGAUAUUUGGGCAUAUGUUGAAAAACCAAGCAGGUCAUAUGAAGAUUCUCAUAGCCUACCAAAAAUCCAAAAUGCAGUUGAUUCAUGUCAAAGAAUAAUAGAACUUGAAAAAAGUCACUGUUCACAGUGUUUAUUACAUACACAAGAAGUAGCAAAACUGGAAAAUAAACUUUGUGGAAUGAAAGAGAAGUUAUCAGAAAUGGAAAAUGCAAACUCUAAGUUAGAGCAGAGAGAAAUAAAAUGGAAACAAGAACUCUGCCACUUGAGGCAUGAUUUAAAAGGAAAAGAGAAGAAGUUAAGAGAUUUUGACCAGCUUUUUGAAAAAAUGAAUAACCAGUUAAGAGAAAAAGAUGAGGAACAUAAUAAAAAAAUUGAAUUGAACAAAGAAUUUCAACUGUCUUCUGGGACAUUAAAAACAGAAUUAAAGACUGUAAGAAGUAACUCAAAUCAGGUUUCUACCAGGAAUGAAACAGAGAAAGUGCCCUUGCAUGAAUUCCACAUGUUGAAGGAUAAAUGUGAUAUGCUGAGUCUGGAAAUGAACCAAAUGAAAUGUCAGAAUGAGGAAAACAAAAAGAAAUAUCUUGAUAUUUCAAGAGCAGAGUGUCAUGACCUUCAUAGGAGAAUCAAAUUAAUGGAGGAAACAUUUAGGAAAACAACAUUGCAAUAUAAUAAACAGAUUAAUUCUCUGAAAACUGAGAUUACAAAGCUAAAUAUUAAGCUGAAAAAUAAAGAACAAAACACCGAUAGACAGGAAACAGAAGCCAAAUCAUACCCUGCCAGUCAGGCUGUUGCUCCACACCCUUGUGAUGAAAGUCAGACAUCACAAAGAGAACAAGAACUUCUUUCCCAGACAGCAAGAGAUGGGUGCCCUGAUUUAGAGGACAAGAGUAAUUUCAAAAUAUCAAAACAAAAUGUUAGGAGGCUGAUUCAGUCCCCAAAGUUUUCCAAGCCUGGAAUAAAAUUCAGAGACCAAGAAAAAGGCCUCUGUAUUCAAACAAAGCAUGAUCUUAGAAAAGUGACUAUGGUAUUGAACCAGGUACAAAGAGACCUAAAACAAAACCAGUGCCAAAUGAAUGAAAUGAAGCACAUGUAUCAAAAUGAACAGAGUCAAAACUACAAAAUGAAUGAAAUGAAGCACAUGUAUCAAAAUGAACAGAGUCAAAACUACAAAGAACUGGAACCUAUAGAUGAGAGAUUAUCUCAAAUGGAAAGUGAAAUUAUAUUUCUAAGACAGCAGUUCCAUGACUUUAACAACAAAGCUGAUGAUACAGAAGGCUUGCCUGUUUAUACCCAAGAGCAAUGGGAUACCAUAAAACUAAGUCAGGAUGAGGAUGAAAACUCCAGUCACAAGCUACAAAACAGACAUAUGGAGUUAAUGAAUAGAAAUUGUCACUUAAAAGAAAAAUCAGAUAAAUAUAAAAAGAACUCUGAGAGAAAAGUAGUUGUGAGACAACUUCCACAAGAACUGGCUGAUAACCUGACAGAGCAACCUAUGUCAGAGGCUUCACUAGAACAUUCAUCCAGUAAUCACCUUGAAGUAGAAUAUGAGGCACAGGGUUUGAAGAAGAAACUAGAUCAAAUCAAUUGUAAAGUCGAUAAUCUCAAUAUAAAACUAGAAGCUACAGCUUCAAAAUAUUCACAUUUGGAUGAACAAUUUGAACUUGCUUUGGAAAGCCUACAAUAUACAUGUGAAAAAGUACAGAACAAUCAAAAGAAGUUGGAAGAAGAUGUAGCAAACCUCAAAAUUUAUGUGCAGGACAAUAAAAUAAAAAAUGGUCAAGGAGAGCCUCAUAGAUGGGAGAUUGAACAAAGAACAAGAGAGAUUUUAGAGGAAAACCAAAAACAAGCAUCUCCAUUUUCAGAGACAUUUGAUAGAGCUUCAAAUGAAAAUAAUAAGGUUUCAUUAAUGAAGUUGAUGCAAUUCAGAAUUGAAAAGCUAGAAUCUCAAGUGUCUGAAAUUAAAAAUGAAAUUUCUGAUAAAACACCAAGAUGAAUGAGAAGUUGGCCAGAGGCUUUAUCUAGAAAAGCUAGAGCAGAAUUUGUUCUUGACCCACUAGAACUUCUGCCUUAAGAUCUACUGAUAAGCCAAGAAAAGAUCUACUUUGGGAAGCAUCACAGGAAUACACAGAAGUUUUAAGGGGAAAAUAUUUGAUAUUAAUGAUAGCAUCAUAUCUGUCAGACCAUUGGCAUUUUAAUUGUUUCCCACUAAAUGUGUGAUGUGGAAAAUUUAUUGAAGGAAAAUAUGUUUGUCACACAGAUAUAUGAGGGAAUUCAUACAAUAUUUGAAAUUUCUUUGCACCUAUCACUAAAUUUGAAGUACAAGUGUGAACUAGUAUCUCAGAUAUUAAUGUCAUCAAACUGUCUAAAUGCCAGAUAUUUAAAAGGCACCUAAACAAUCAAGGGAUCAAUAUUACCUCCAUGUAUCUAAAUAUAAUAUUAAUGAUGAAUUAUUCAUAUGAUACAAAUUGUAUCACCACAUAUGGACCUAGAGAUUUAGACAGACAGCAUUUUGGUGGGCCAGUACUACUUUAAAGUAUUACAAUUAUUAUACUGUCAUCAAACUUACAUACUUUUAAUGGUUUAUGCAUUAACUUAUAUCCCUUUCCUGGUGAGAAACAAAAUGCGCUUAGGGCUUUUCACCUUUUCUCUUUGUUCAUUUAUACAAUUUUGAUGUUUUGUAAAUACUCUUAAUAUUCAAGAAAAGUUCCAGGCUCUAGUAUAAGAACCAUUUCCACCCUGAACCAUUUGGAAUUAAAUUGCUGACAUACACCACCAUUCAUGAUUACUUUAGUAUUUCCUACAAUUCAGAAUAUGCUACAAAAAUGCAAUACAGCUUUCAUAAAUGAUACAUUAAUACUAAUACAUUCUAUUAUAAUAUAUUCUACCAUCAUCAGAUUCUUUCCAGUUUUGCUACUUUCCUAAUAAUGUGCUUCAUAACAACAGUGUACCAUUCAGAUUCAUGAAAUGUACCCAGUUGUCGCAUUUUGUUGACUCCUUCAGGGUCAAACAUUCCUCAGUCUCUUCCUUGACCUUCAUGAUCGUGAAUCUGAUAAGGAAGAAUGCUCAUAUAAUGUGCCUCAGAUAUACUUUUCUGUAUUUUUAUGACUGGAACCAGAUUACAUGUUAUUUGGCAAGAGUAUUGCCGAAAUGCUUCUAUGACUUUCCCCUUGAAUCCCAUUACUGAUGAUGUUAGCAUUGAUCCCUAAAGGUGGUAGGGUUUCUGUUCUGUAAUGUUGCCUUCACUCUUUGUAGUUAUUUAGCAUUUUAUAUGAAGAUAAUUUGAGACAGUUACAUAUAUCCCUAUGCCUCAUCCAACUUUCCCUAUAUUCAAUUAAUAGUAUCUAUAUAGAUCUAUGGCUUAUUUUAUUGAGUGUAAUGUUACUUGUUGAUUUUAAAAUUUUAUGUUUCUCUUAGAAAUAUUCUAUUUUGAUAAUUUCAAACUUCUUAAAUGUUUUGUAAUGUUAGUACAAAGAAUUCCUAGAAAACAUUCCCAAAAUGUUAACAUUUUACUAGCUUUGCUUUAACCCUUGUCCUCCUGUCUUUCUAGAUAAAUAUAAGUAUAUAACAAAGAUAAUUUUCUCUCAACCAUUUGUGAGUUGGAGACAUGAUACCUCUUUAUGACAAAAUGCUUGUAUUUCCUAAAAACAAAAUUACCUUAUGUAACUAUAGCAUAAAGACCAAAAUCAAAAACAUCAAAUUGUGUUAAAUGUUAAUAUGUAAUCUACAAAACUUAUUCAUAAUUUGCUAAUUAUUUCAACAAUGCCCUUUAUAACCAAAAUAAAACCUAGCUUGGGGCUGUUUUUAAAUCCAUAA